ACAAAAGUUCCUAUUGAUAGAGAUUCCAGGAGAAAAUGAGUGAGACUGUUUUACACAAUGCCAUGCGAUCAUCCAUCUCCGCGCCAGCUGGCACCACCUGUCACAGGCUGGCCCAUAUCGAGGCCCACGUCCAACACACCGAAUUCUCACCGAACCCGGUACCUCGGUGAACGGCCCUUUUUCCGCCGACAGUCUCUCACCACCCGCAAAAUUCCAGUCUCCAUACUGCGAAAGCUAUCCCGUCCACCCGUGUCCAAGCCUCAAGCUAUCCAACCGCGUGCGGCGCAAACUCCCCUUCAAGAUGGCCAAGAAAGCGAAGUCCCGUGUCAUGAUCGUCCGGCUCUUGUCCAUGGCCGCGACUGGUUACUUCUACACUGUCAAGCGUCUCCGAACCGCAACACCCAUGAGCUUGCUGAAAUACGACCCAAUCAUUCGGCGAAAGGUGCUAUUCUUGGAGCAGAAGAAGAAGGGAAAAUGAGCCCGCGUAUUCUCGAAUUACCAUCACCACCAUAUGUAACAACACUGAUAUCACCAUAAACGGCGUUCACGGCGGCAUACGAUUGGGGCUCGAAGACCACAUGGAUGAACUGUACAUCAUCAACCUGCAAUCCCUCAGACUUAUCGUCAGGGACAAGGCAUUGGCACGUCGGACUGUGCCCCAGAGGCGGAACGAAAGCGAAUGCUUCGAUGGCCACGACCUAGUUGUAUAUUCUACAAAAAGAGAACAAACCUUGCAUAAAUGCAAUAUUCCUCCGCAUGAAUCCACCACACAUGAAUCCUUCG